AAAAUAGAAAGAAAAACAUGUCAGUUUCCUAAAAACAUGUGUUCCACCACCACAAACAACAAAACAACCGUACAACCACCACUCACCACCACCACCACAUAUGUUGUCUCUCUUAUCUCUUCCAACUCUCACCACCACCACCACCUAUACAUACAAUCACCUAUCCUUUCUUUCUUCUUCUAGCUUGUCUCAAAAUGUCCGACAACUCAAUUACUUCUAAUGCCCCCUUCUCCACCGUUGUGAACCACCACUCUCUGACGAUCAUCGACUCACUCAUCGCCACCGAACUCCGUCAUUCUCCACCUCAUGACUACCUCACCCGCUGCCACCACCACCUCACCCACCGUCAAGAUUCCAUCAACUGGAUUCUCAAUGCUCACUCACAACAUGUGUUUCAACCAAUAACCGCUUUACUUUCCGUCAACUAUUUUGACCGGUUUCUGUCGGCCUCACCAGCUUCACUUGAGUGGAAAAAUGGAUGGGGAUAUCAGUUACUAUCAGUCGCUUGUUUAUCAAUAGCUGCUAAACUAGAAGAAGUUCAAGUACCUUUCCUUUCGGAUCUUCAAGUCUCGGAGCCCCGAUUCGUGUUCGAAUCCAAAACCAUUCAGAGAAUGGAGCUUUGUGUAUUGUCCGAACUCAACUGGACCCUUCGAUCCAUCACUCCUUUCGAUUUCCUUCAUUACUUCAUUUCCAUCCUUCCGACGUCGUUUUGUCCCAACCAUAUUCAUUUCCAAUCAAAAUGCUCGGAUAUUAUCAUCAAAACCACCCGAGUAAUUGACUUUCUGGGGUUCCGGCCGUCGGUGAUAGCGGCGGCGGCAGUGAUAUCAGCCGCCGGCGAAGGAGUGGAAGUACCGGAGAGUUAUUACGAGACAGUGAAAAAAGAAAGUGUGAGAAGCUGUCAUCAACUGAUGGAUGAGUAUCUGGUGGACACGUGUCCAUCUGCUGAUGUCAGCAAGAAAUCUUGGAGAACUGAUAACGAGCCACCCGCAAGUCCCGACGGUGUUUUGGAUGCGGCGACUUGUGGCAGUUGUGAUUCUGGUGAUCGGGUUUUAGCUCCAGCGACCAUUUCUGGCGAGGAAGCUGUUAGAGUGACUAAGAUUCGAGGAUAGUAAGAUUUCGAUAGAGUAGAUAUUUCUUAAUAUAAAAUCUAUCUGAUUCUUAUGGUACAGAAAUAGGAAACGAAACAUUGUUUCA